UCAUUGUCACAACUCGACUUGAGAAAGUUGCUCAUAUGAUGGCUACGGUUCCUUUUCAUCGAUUGGAAUGUUUGUCCAAUGACGAUUCCUGGUCCUUAUUCAAGCGAAGAGCCUUUGGGAUGGGAACAAAUGAAGGCAACCCGAACCUGGAAACAAUUGGGAGUAAAAUCGAGCAGAGAUGUGGAGGGGUGCCAUUGGCGAUUAAGGCAACUGGAAGCAUAUUGUGUUUCAAAAGUCUUGAAAGUGAAUGGUUACACGUCAGAGAUAGCGAGAUAUGGGACUUGGAAGACGAGGCAAGUAGAAUCUUAGCUGUGUUGAGGUUAAGUUAUGAACAUCUUCCUUCUUACAUGAGGCAGUGUUUUUCAUUUUGCUCAAUAUUUCCCAAAGAUUAUGUCAUGAACAAGGACGAGUUGAUAGGACUAUGGAUGGCACCUGGAUUUAUUCCUUCCCACCAUUGGAUUUGCACGAUACAGGGUGUGAAAUAUUCUUUGAAGAGAUACGAAAUAUGUGUGAUUGAUUCCAAUAAGAGGUUGAAAUUACCAAAAACUGAUCGUCUCUUGUUUAUUCAUACUAGCAAUUCACCAACAAACAUUGUGGACUUAUCCAAACUGCAGCCAUUGCGCUCGUUGAUCCUCGAUAGAGAUCUCGUCUUUCGCAGUGCUAGUAACAUCAGUAAUCAAAAGUAUCUGAAGGUUUUGGACUUUGGCCGCAGAUUAAGCAACAUUGCGUUUAAAAGUUUGAAGCAGCUGAGGUAUUUUUGCCUUCAUGAUCAUCGUGUUAAAACUCUACCCGAGUCAACAAACUCCCUACAUAACUUGCAGACACUAAAUCUCGAACGGUGUCGAAGUCUUAAAAUGUUACCUAAAGGUAUGAAGUAUUUGAAAAAUCAAAGGUACUUAGACCUUAGAGGCUGCGAUGACCUGAUUUCUAUGCCUGUUGGAUUGGGACAAUUAUCAUGCUUGCGCAAGCUCAGCAAGUUCAUUGCGGGAAAGGACAAGGGUUGUGGCAUUGAUGAGUUGAACGAGUUGGCCAUAGAGGGAGAAUUGAGCAUCACAGGACUUUGUAAUGUGAAGAAUUCAAAAGAAGCUGAAAAUGCGAAUUUGAUAAAGAAGCAAAAUUUAAGAUCAUUAAGCUUGACUUGGCAAAACCGGGAAAGUACUCAUCAUCAACAUAUAAAUGAUGAAAAGGUUCUUAAUGCCCUCCAGCCUCGUUCAAGCUUGAAGAAGUUAUGCAUAACUGGUUACCAAGGUGUUAGGUUCCCAAAUUGGAUGAAUGAUCUACUUCUACCAAACCUUGUUGAAAUCUCACUAGAAGAUUGUGAAAGAUGCGAUUAGAUUCCACCAUUAGGGAAAUUACGCUUCCUUAAGAUCCUUAGUAUUAAGGGAAUGGGUGCACUAAAGUGUAUGGAUAAUGGCUUCUAUGGAGAUAUCGAAAGUUCUUUUUCAUCACUCGAGGUUCUCAAAAUCGAGAAGGCUCCAUGUUUGAAGGAAUAGACAACAGUGAAUGGU